CGCUAGGUGAUAAAACUGCUUUUCUCGUCUUCAACCCCCCACCCACCCCCAAACGACGACCCAAAACCAGAAAAACCAUUUCCCUUGUCUCACGUAAAUACGCUGCAUUCAACUCCGAUCCCUCCCUUUUCUCAAGCGAUUCCGUAGCAACUUCCUCCUCCCUUCUAUUUCCCUUGCGCGAAACCGACCAACCUUGCAGAUCUGGUGACCUUAUUUCCCUCCUUCUCUUCCUUACCAGACCCUAAUCUCAGGAUCCGACCUCCCUUACUGGUACCCAGUAGCUCGAAGUUGGGGAGAGGGAUAGACAAAUCAGAGAAGAAGGAGAGGUGAGCAGAUUCAGUAGAGAGAGCGACAAGCAAAUCAAAUGGAUGAUGGAUUGGUUGGGCAGGUUGACUCUCACUCUAUCUUGAAUCCAUCUCUCGAAACCCAUCUCGAAGUAACCCAGUUCUCUGAAUAUCCCUCUGAUGGCUUUGAUUUGCUAUGUUCUGGGUUCUUGUUUCUCGUUAGUGUGAUUCAAGGGAAGCUCGAUAGGAUAGGGAAAACCGGUUGUGAAAGGGUGUGAUUUGAUAUUUUAUGGUUUCCGUUGGCCGUCGAACGGAUUAGAGAACCAGUCCAUGUCGGUGGCAAGAUUAGAGGGCGAGAGAACCAGGGGAAGGGAAGGGUUUCGCUAGUACGCUGCUGAUGAUGACAUAAAUUUUAUUUUUAUUUAUUUGUUUUUUUCAUUUGAUAAUAAUAAGAAAAUGAUCAUUUCUAUCUGGUAUUGUUUGAAAAAAAAAAUGCCACAAAAAAACGUUAGUCUAGUCAGCAUCCUUGAUAUUUCCGUUAAAGUUAUGGACGAAAUGGCUAUUUUAGUAUACUUUUUUAAAAUUUGGCUAUUAGUGUCACAAAGUGCAAAGUUACGGCUAUGAAAGUGUAUUUAGCUAAAGUUCUUUGGUUUCUAGUCUUCUCUUUUCCAAACAGAUUUCAUCUCUUAAAGUCAAAAUCCCUAAUUCUCGUUUGAAUCCUUAUUCGUCUCUGGAUUCUCAUAUCGCUCCAAUAUCAAAAGAAGCACUACCUAGUUCGCUUGACAUUAGAACAAACUGCUCCAAAUUCUUGUAUUUUGAGAAAUUUGUUGCAAAGUAUUGUAUUGUGAGAAUUUAUUUUUGCUAAUCCUGUAUUUAAGCAUAUAAACCCCUCUUAUUAUGAUUCUCUGACCUGCAGCUGAGAUUUUAUCCUUCGCAAAGAAAGCCCAAAAGAAGAAAAGGAGGGAACAUAAUUCAAAUGUGAGGCACAAAGACUGGAGUACCACGAAUUCAACAUUCCUAAAACGGUAAGAAGAAAGGCACAGGCUUCAUAAAGCAGAACUGUGAGUUGCCCAAACUGGACUACCUAAGCUAGCUGUGAGACAGUGAGGGCCUGAGGGGGGAAAAGGACAUACAUAUCCUGCAACACAAAAAUAAAAGCUAAAAGGACAAAAACAGAGCAAUUAUGGAGCCUCCUUAUAAUCGACAAGGUGGUUCAGAGUAAAAGUUAAAGCUAUCCUCCUUUUCUUCCCAAGCCGCCAUUGUCCUCUGUUUGUGAAACCUCUCUUCUCCUUCCCUAGUUCCACAGAGCAACCGGAAGAACAACAAUGGCUGCUGCUCUCCAAGUCAACCGCCAUCCUGCUGGAUUUUUCCGAGUCAUCCUCCCCUGCUUUCCGUACGAAAAGGAAAUGGAUCUGCCCCUGAAGUUUGUGGUGAUGUAUGGGUCCGACCUCUCUUCUACGGCCACGUUCAACCUGCCCGACGGCUCCGUUUGGAAGAUCGGCGUCAACAAAGGACCGGAUGGCCGCUCAGCUUGGUUUAGCGAGAACUGGGCUCGAUUUGUGGACCGCCAUUCGAUCUCCAUCGGCUUCUUCCUCGUCUUUCAGUACCUUGGCAGCUCGGAGUUCAAAGUGAAGAUCUUUGACCUCAGCUGUUGCUCUAUCAGCUACCCUCUUCCCUCCGGUAACAGCAGCGAGCAGAGUGGUAGAGGCAGAGCUCAAGCAGUUUCACCCAAUCAAGUUGUGAGCCCUGAAGAAGAAGAUGGCAGCCAGGCUGGGGAGGUGGAGACAUUGUUGAAGCGUGUGAAUGAAAGUGGCAUCGCCAAGGGUCGUAAGUUUGCUCGAACAAUAUCCAAGUUUUGGAAGAAUUCGAAGAAGGGAGUAGAGGAAGCUAUUCUGUGCAAGCCGCACAAUCGCCCUUGUUUCCUGAUGCUGAUGACUUGUGCUCUGAUUAAAGGGAAGAGCAUGGUUUCCAUGCCGAGUGCAUUUGUGGCAGAGCACAUCGAAGAUGGAUGGACGAGUGUGAAGCUCCAAGUGCAGCAGGGGAAGAAGCAAUGGGAUGUGAAUUUGAACAGGGUUCAGGGAACGCAGAUGCGUUGUAUGGAUAGAGGUUGGAAGGGAUUCAGUAAUGACAAUGGUUUGGGAGUCGGGGAUGUGUGUCUGUUCCAGCUGGUUUCUCCGGUGGAGCCUGUGCUGGAAGUCGCGGUGUUUCCUGCCGAGAAGUGACAUCAUCCUCUCCGGAGUUUGUGGCAGCAAGUUGCAUCUGCAAGUUGUUUCAGUAUUCUCAAGCUUUUAUGUUCGAAAACAGUUGUGAAAAUUAUGGGUUUUAGAGUAGGUUGACAACUUCGACAAUAUUAGUUCUAGCGUUUUAGUAGGAUGAUGAAAUGCUUUUUGUUAUUAGUUUAGUUUACGAGACUUACUGGUAUGUGAUGUGGAGUAGUGAUUGAACAGUUGGGUGGUGUUGAUGGACAUAUUAAGCAAAUCAUUAGCAAGAUAAUCAUGUUAAAAGUUAACUGGAGUAGAAUAUAAGGGAGAUAAGAUC